ACCGACGCGACGCGUGCCGCACGACACACGAGCAAUAUGCUCUGUAAUAAUACAGUGAUCGUGCCUUCUAACUAUCUAAAACUACAAAUACCUAGGUAAACUUUUUCUAAACAAAUGGCGAUUUGACGGGGUCGGUCCGACAACUUUUAAACUCGGUUUUCAUUCAAAUGUUAUAAAUAAUUUUGAAUGUUUCUUAAAGCACAUUAAACGAAUAAAUCAAUUAAGUAUGUCCAGUGAAAUUAAAGUUUAGGGCAUAAAAAGUGAGUUUAGAACAAAGAAGUGUUUACAAAGAAAUAUAACCUACGCGUUGAUUUUAGUAAUACACUACAUUUGUGCCUAUACCCGCAUAGGUAUAGUACUAAUAUGUAAGUAAGGUAAACAUUACAAAUAAUGUAUUAUGAAAAGUGUUCUCGUAUUAUAGACAUAUUACAUGUGGAUCAAUAGUGCUAGAGAUAUAAGUGUGGUGUACCCGACGAUCAGUUGUGGACAUGGAAAACGGUGCCUUAAAAUAUGGGAGCAACAACAAUAAUGACAAGGUGGACAUUGAGGAGAAGGUGGUACUGUCACUGGGCGCGACGGGCGGCCACAAGGGGACGACUCAGCCCUCUCACCCCUGCACUAUCCUGCACCAUUCUCCUUACAAGGCCGCUUGGGAUUGGUUGAUCCUUAUCCUGGUCAUCUACACGGCGAUAUUCACCCCCUACGUGGCCGCUUUUCAACUCAACGAGCCCGAUUUCGACAAACGCUCACGUAAAUUCGGCGAAGAUCCCAUUGUCGUCAUUGAUAUGAUUGUGGAUGUGACGUUCAUAAUAGACAUCCUAAUAAACUUCCGCACGACGUACGUGAACGUGGCCGAUGAAGUGGAGUCGGACCCUGCCAAGAUCGCCAUGCACUACCUGCGCGGCUGGUUCGUGAUCGACCUCGUCGCCGCCAUCCCGUUCGACCUGCUGCUCUUCGGCACCGACACGGACGAACAGGGGCUGGAAAGUGAUGAGACGACGACCCUCAUCGGGCUGCUGAAGACGGCGCGCCUGCUGCGGCUCGUGCGAGUCGCGCGCAAGAUCGACCGCUACUCCGAAUAUGGCACUGCCGUCCUACUCCUCCUUAUGGCCACCUUUGUACUUAUUGCGCAUUGGCUGGCUUGCUUAUGGUAUGCUAUCGGCAGCUGGGAGCGGCCGCAGCUGCACGCGCCUAUCGGCUGGCUGGACGCGCUCGCCAACGAUGUCCAGGCUUCUUAUGAUAACUCCACUGGACCUUCAAUGAGGUCUCGCUACAUCACUGCCCUGUACUUCACGUGCACGUCGCUCACCAGCGUCGGGUUCGGAAACGUGGCGCCUAACACCGACAUGGAGAAAGGAUUCACGAUAUUCGUCAUGCUCGUCGGAUCUCUAAUGUACGCCAGUAUCUUCGGCAACGUGUCGGCGAUUAUACAGCGGCUGUACUCGGGAACCGCGCGCUACCACACGCAGAUCCUCAGAGUGCGCGAGUUCAUACGCUUUCAUCAGAUUGCGAACCCUCUACGUCAAAGGCUCGAGGAGUACUUCCAACACGCAUGGAGCUACACCAACGGGAUCGACACCUCCAGCUUGUUGAAGGGCUUCCCCGAGUGCUUGCAAGCCGACAUCUGUCUCCACCUCAACCGCAACUUGCUCGCCAACUGUUCUGCCUUCGAAGGCGCUAGCCCCGGCUGUCUCAGGGCGCUGUCACUGCGAUUUAAAACGACUCAUGCGCCUCCCGGAGAGACCCUGGUUCAUCGAGGGGAUGUGCUCACAUCUCUCUACUUCAUAUCGCGAGGGUCCAUAGAGAUACUUAAGGACGACAUUGUCAUGGCAAUUUUGGGCAAGGACGACAUAUUCGGCGAGAACCCUUGCAUCCACGCGACGGUGGGUCGGAGCAACUGCCGCGUGCGCGCGCUCACGUACUGCGACCUACACAGGGUGCACCGCGACGACCUGCUCGACGUGCUCGACUUCUACCCCGAGUUCCGGCAGUCCUUCGUCAACAACCUCGAGAUCACCUACAACAUGCGGGAUGAGGAGCUGGGUGGUAUAGAACCACGUCGACGCAUGCGCUAUGAGAACCCUAACGACGCGCGUCUGUUGCGAGAGGCGUACGCGCGGACCACGCGCAAACCUCAUACUGAGACCUUCGCUGAAAAAGACUCGCAAGACACGGACGAGGAGACAGAGUCGCCUGCUAGUCGGGGUAUCCUGGAGUUCUCCGCCGACAAGGCAGGGCAGGACGUCACUCCACUCAACUUCAACUUCAGCAAGCAACGCUCCACCACGCUCAACUCCAUCACUGGCAUGCUAGCGCAACUUAAACGGAGCUUCCCAGACCUCUACCACCAUAAAACACACCAGCCGCUGCACAACAAGUACUCGCAAUCGACGCCGCAGACGUACAGAAGUAGAGGGGCGGUGCGGCGACAGUCGUCUGUGGGUCCGCUGAACGACACGUCCCCGCUGACGGGCGGCGGCGGCGGCGCGGAGGCGGCCGUCAGCACGCCGGCUCACAGCGCCACGAUGCCCGUGUCCAGCCUCAGCACCAACCCCAGCUCGUACUACACCAACGCGUCCCCGAGCCCGCCCGCGCCGCACGCCGCGCCCGCCGCGCCCACGCACGUGUCCUGCGACGACAUCCUCACGCCAGCCGCGCCCACCGCCGCGCGCGCACCUUCCUCCCGCUCCGCGCCGCACUCCGCGCUCAACCUGCACCACGCCGCCACCGCCGCCGCCGCCGCUAGACCCACCGCGCUUGUCUUCGCUUCCGAGCGCCAGACCGCUACUAACGCGCAGGACGUCAUAUCGCCCCAGUACCAGAACGUGGGUACGGCGGCGACGGCAGUAUCAAUGGCCACGUUGCUGACUCGACUCGACGAGCUGAGUCGACGAGUUGCAGUGUUAGAGACGGGGCUGACGACAGACGUGCGCCGUAUCCUGCAGCUGCUACAGGCACGCGAGCCUGCGCCUCAUCACACCGCUCAUCCCACGCACACACCUUCCCAACCCCUACCGAGGACGUCUCUAUCCGUGCCGCAAGCGAACGAUAAUCAGAGUCAAUGGGAGUGGAACUGGAACGGUUCCGGCGAGCGCGGAGCGCGGGGCGGGCGGGCGGAGCGCACACCGGGCGUGCAAAGGUCGGCGUCGGAGCCGCACGCGCCCGUGCCGCCUGUGCUGCCGCCGCCGCCGCACUCGCACUCCUUCUACAGGUAG